AUGUCAAUUUUGGUUGCAUGCAUGAUUCAGUUUGUUGGUAUAAUAAUUGAAUUGACUGCACACGAAUGGGUUCAAUUUUCUGUUGGCAGAAUCAUCGCAUAUCUUGCAGUGGGCCUCGUGGAAAAUGCUGUACCCUCCUACUCAGCCGAAAUUGCCCCAUCGUCAUUGCGCGGGGCUUUCUCUGGCUCCUUAAUGUGCAUUGUGACUCUGGGAAAUAUUUGGGGUGCUGGUAUGGGGAGGGCUAUGACCAGCUAUACAAAUAAUGCUGCAUGGCUGAUACCCGUCGGCGUUCAAUUGAUUCCAGCCGCGAUUCUCCUGAUUGGGCUUCCUUUCACUGUUGGUAAGCAGACGAUGCUCCUUAAAUUUGCCCGAGAAAUUUUUUACCUAGAAUCCCCGCGUUGGCUGCUGGAGCAAGAAAAUAAUGAAUUAGCUUUGCGAAACUUGAAUCGGCUGCGCCCUUCAGGUCAAGUCGAAGAUCGUUCCACCGAGGCUGAGUUGGAUGCAAUGUCCUGUACCCAAGAGUCGGACUUGGCUGGCGCGGAUGGAACUUGGCUUGAAUUGUUCCGGGGAAACUACCGACGCCGUGUUAUUAUAGCGUCUCUUCUGUUUUGGUUUCAACAAACUACCGGUGGUCAAUUUGUAAUCUCAUACGCGCCAACAUUCUUCAAGGAUAUGGGACUUGGUAAUAAAUCAUUUACUUAUUCUCUACUUACUCAAGUAGCAGGCUUUGUUGGAGCAUUGAUUUCUUGCCUUGUGACAGACCGAGUUGGCCGUCGACCGCUGCUUAUCAGUGGCAUGUUUUUGGCAACUUUAUUCAAUUUCCUCAUUGCUGGACUCGGCUCAAAGGCCGAGAUAUCAACUCCAGAGACCAACAUGGUCAUUGCUGCACUCAUCCUGCUCUCUGCCAGCAUUAAAUACUCUGCUUCUACGUUAGCUUAUCUGAUUGCCGCAGAAAUUGGGGCAAUUGCGGUUGCGACGGCUGUAGAUGUUAUUGCAGCCAUUGUCAUCACCAUCUCCAUUCCCUAUCUACUUGGGACUCCAGGCGCUAAUUUGAAGGCUGGAGUUGGAUGGGUUCUUGGUGGUAACUCGGGUUUGGCAUUAUUGUUCGCCAUAUUGUUUGUUCCUGAAUUAAAAGGGCGAUCCCUAGAUGAGGUUGAUGAAUUGUUUAAGGCGAAUCUCUGGGCCUGGCAGUUCAAAGACUACCGGACAUCAACUUCUAUGAGGCAAACGGCUCCGCAUUCCGAAAAGACGGUUGAGAACAAGGUAAUAUUAUACAAGGCGUAA